AUGGUCGCCACAUUGACCUACAAGAGAGUUUCUCAAGCUCAAGAAGAAUCCUGUCCGGAAAAAUAUGACGAGCAACUUGAACAGGAUUCACCUCUCAUGGGGGUACAAAAAUCUGUCGCCAGUAAACAAUGCUGCGGACUCCAAGUUCUCAUGGCAAUUUCAAUUGCAUUACUUGGAGGGACAUGUUUGCUGUUUGCUGCAUUGCUCACCAGUCGGACACCCAGUGACCAGAAAUGUGCAACGCAAUUAUCAUCUUACUCCCCAUUGCUAGAGGCAGUGGAAUAUUACGAGGUCGACUGGGCGAAUAACUUCCAUCAGGAGUCCAUCUACCGAGGAUCACCAACUCCAGAGCUAGAACUCGCAUGGGAUCGUCUUUGGAGACAAAACGAUAUCAACGUUCCGCUGAACAAGUUAUCCUCGCUCAAUCGGUCGGUGGAUGCAAAUUGGAAGCAGACACCCACGCAAUAUGGCGGAGGCGCCGAAGCUAAUGUAGAAGUGUUUCAUCAGCUGCAUUGCCUGAACAUGAUUCGACAGUACACGUACCUUGACUCCUACGAAGUGCCGCCAGAGGGGUUUCGGAAAUCCCCAGAAAUGUCAAGAACACAUGUCGACCACUGCAUUGAGACACUACGAAUUCAUCUCAUGUGUGCAGGGGACGUGACACCUGUGCUGGUGAGGCUGGACGACUCUAAGCCUCUUGGGGCCGAGGCAGAUUUCUCGACGCAUCACAAAUGUCGCCGAUUCGAUAAAUUGACUGAGUGGAUGGAUAUCCACGCUGUACGUACAAAGGAGGCUUGA